AUGAGGCAUGACAACCGCAUUACAUUAAUGCAUGAGGUUAUAACACAAAGAAAUAUUUUGGAUACCUCUACUAAAACCUCUACCAAAACUGUUUUGGCUUCCCAGAAGAAAAAGAAGAAGAAGAAGAAGAGCAUCUCAGCUGAUAUUACCAUGGAUGCCGCUACUGACACUACUCUUCCAUCCGAUGGAGAAGGUAAAAAGAAGAAGAAGAAGAAAAGUAUCUCUCAAGAAGAUGUCGAAGCCAUGGACACUUCACUUCCACUAAAUGGCGAAGGUUUAGACAACAGCGUAAGUGAAAAGAAGAAGAAGAAAAAGAAGAAUAAAGAUGCCGAAACUACACUGGAUCAAUCAGCAAUGGAUGAAGAUGAUGAAGGAGCCUCACCGUCAAAGAAGUCCAAAAAGAAGAAGAACGCUGCCUAAUGAAUGUCUUUCUUUACCUCGGCAAUUCCUCACAAUCUGUUGACCUUGUGAAACAGCUCACUAUUUUAGUUUUUUGUAAUGAUGUAAUCGGAAUCAAUACAAUUGGGCUAAGGUCACAAAAA